AAAUAAACAUCGAAUCCCUAUCAUCAAAAGAGAAUAUUCUCACAUCAGUGGAUUUCAUUCAUACAAUGUGACGUAACUGGAUGAAGCGAGUAUUGAUUUUAUAAUUCAACUCGGUGCGGUUCUUUCACUCCUAAACAUUAACUCUCCCAAAACAGUCGUUGAAUACAAUUCGAGAACAAAAACACGUUUUAAUUAAAACAAAAUUUGUUUGAAGGAAAACCUUAAUCUCGAAAUAAACAGUAAUAAAAUGAGUUAUCGCGUUUUGUUUAUCAAAACUGCAAGUUGCGGUUAGAAUUUAUUAAGUUGCAAUAAUAAUUAUUAGUUGAAACAGAAAAUGAAAUGUUUUAGAUGGGUCCAUAAUGCAGAUGUUAAAACGACUUGCCUUAAUCCUAUCAAUAUUUGUAAUAACUGCCAUGAUUUUCGAUUUUAAUUGGGGCGAACGAAAUUUAACCAAUGAGGAAGAACGCUUAUUUUAUGGAACUGACAAUGUCCUAAUACCUUAUUCGUUACAAAUUGAUUCUAAUUGGAGGCAAGUUCCACAUGAAAUCAAGCAACAUUUAUCAAAACUAGGAAAAAUUUUAUUCUUCGAAGAAACUCCACCAACAAACCCAAACUUAGAUAAACAAUACACAAUUUUAGUAUGGAAAUAUGGCCCAACCAUCGAAAAACGCCACAUUUAUCACUACACAAACACAAAACACGAUCCAUUUAGGGAAUGCAGCGUAAAAAACUGCAGGUUAACUUACAACGAAAAAGAUUUAGACAUUUCCGAUUUAGUAAUUAUUCAUUUACACCGAACGAAAGACGUCCAAGAUCUUCCCCCGUUAACCAAAAGACCGCGAUGGCAAAGAUGGGCUUUUUUAACCGAUGAGAGUCCUUACCAUACAUUCCUAAGUUCCCACACGAAAUUGAAAGACUAUAAUGGGGUAUUUAAUUGGUCGAUGACUUAUCGGAUGAAUGCGGAUAUUCCUGUACCUUACGGAAGGACAACUUUGCGUAAAGAAAGUAAUAAAAUUGAUUUGGCCAGUCAUUUUAUGGAGUGGAGACGAAAAAAACGAAGCGAUGUUUUAAUAAGCGUUAUGGGAUCAAAUUGUGGCUCGAAAAAUCAUCGAUGGCAAUAUGUAAAGGCUUUACAAAAUUAUAUUGAUGUUGAUACUUAUGGGGGAUGUGGAACGUUAAAAUGCCCCGGCCAUUUCGGAACCGAUUGCCAUAAAUUGGAUAAUUACAUGUUUUAUUUGUCCUUUGAAAAUUCAAAUUGUGAUGAGUAUAUAACAGAAAAGCUUUGGUGGAACGCUUAUCAUAAAAAAUCGAUUCCGAUUGUAAUGGGGGCCAAUAAACGAAGUUAUAGCACCUUACUCCCACCUGGUUCUUACAUCAACACCGAAAAUUUUGCAAGCCCCCAAGCUUUAGCCGAUUACAUCAAGUACUUAAACCACACCACUGAAGAUCUCUUUAAAUAUUUUUCUUGGUUGAAAGAUUUUGAAAUACACAACGAGCACGGUUACUUUCAAAGCAAUUCGUUUCAUUAUUGCCGAGCUUGCGAAGCUCUUAAUUACAAUGAUAAAUCCGAAAAAGUUUAUAAUAAUUUGGAGGAAUAUUGGAGUGUUGAAAAUGAUUGUCAUUCGAGUUGGGACGAUAAGGAACUCGAUUAGUUUAUAAAAUAAAUGUUAUUUAUUUUUUA